AUGACGCCAAAGGAGCAGUCCUUGUACGGUCAGAUGCCUGUCGAAUACGCGGCUGGGGAAAAGGAGGAAACCUACCUGCAGAUGAUGAACGAUCUCGCUGAGGAGGAAUGCAGUGUAGGUCCUCAGCAGUCCCAGCAUUCGCACACAAAAGGCAUUUCUGGCAAUCAGAACCAGAAGAAGGGGGUUACGAAGGCUCAAGGAUCCAACAAGGAGAAGAAGCCAAAGCACAAGGUGAAACGCCAGACGCGCUUUGAAAACGGCCGACUCGAAUUUCUUCAAGACCCUGACGCACUGGUUCAGCAAUGGGAGCCCGCUGUCCGCAUGGAUGAUUGCAGACGUGAGCUGAUAGAUCAGCAAAAUCGUCUCGCGGCCCAACUAGGGAUGAGCUAUCGUGAUCCAGAUCCGGUAGGCACAGGAAAAGAUGACGAGACCGCUUUCAAGAUCGAGCACGCAGACUGGGACUCAGAUCGCGCGCAUCUUCCAGGGAUCUGCUGGCGUUAUAACGAAGACGAGGAUAACAAUCCCCGGCCUAGCGAUAACCCGGGGUACAUGCGGUUCAAAGGCAUGAUCGUUCUUGAUUCAAAUGACAGCCCUGUCAAGGAUUGGCCUCAGCUUCCCGUAACGCUCUCCUCGAAGAUUCGAGGAUACAGACUCGAGAUAAUGUCCAGGGAGAAUCCCCAUCUUGAGUAUAAAGAUUUCAUAGCUCGCAUGCCGAGUGUGAUUGAAAAGACCAAGAAAGACAAGGACACGGGAGAGACCGAGGUGGUAAUCGAAGCGCCAGAUCCUAACGUGGUGUGCAACAUGCGCAUGUUGCGGUUCCGAAGAGACAAGGGCCUGCUUAGCUGGACCGAAAAGGGUAAUACUAAGGUCAUCGGAGAAGGCUUGGAAAAGCUUUUUGGGGAUAGAUUGAUUAACAAUUCGAUGCAAUCUUUCGGAAGAGAUCUGACGCCACAAGAGCAGAUGGAGAUCAGAAAAGGAAAGAAUGCACAGUUUCCAAAGCAAAACGCAGCUGGUGGCUCCCCAACUCAGGUAGCGACUAAGAAGAGAAAGACCAGGGGUGAUACAAAGACCUUAAAGCGACAGAGCAAGGCCUUGAUUCCAGAAGCCCCACGACAAAAGCGUCCCCGUGAAGACGACGAAGAUCUCGACUCCUCUGACGAUCAGAAUCUGGGACAAGCCACGGCAGCUUCAUACCGCAAGCGACGUCGUAAUGCUAGAGGGGAAGUAUCCAAGCCUACGCUAAACCUCGACCCCGACCAGGCUCUAUCGGCGGCGGGAAUAGCGCCGAAAAUUAUCGAAGUUGGAUCAAACCCAAGGCCGCCUGCUUCAAACCAUCUUUCCGACGGGUCCUACGGUGAUGAAAGCGAUGAGCAUCUCUUGGAGACCAAGACCAAGACGAUGGAGAGUACGAGAGAGCAAGAUUACGACCCUCGUGGGGAUAUUGGCUCCCAAGAAGACGCAACAGACGAGAAAGUAGACGAUGACAUGACUGACGUUGACGAUCUGGCGGAUGACCUCAACAGGGGAAAAGCUCACGGAUCCGUUGAAGACCUAGUGGAGGAAGAUGUCGAAGAGGAUGUCACGCCCGUCAUACGCCAAGAGACGGACUUGGAGCGGCAUCGGAGACUGACGAGGGAGUUUCUAGGGGAAGAGGACGACUUCUUUUUCAAAACCGGAUCGAGUCGAUUUUGGACUGGGGGAGGCCCCAUUGACCAAUAUGAACGUAGCUACGGAUCCCAAUUCCAGGAGAUCUUCACGACGUUCAACGAUUGGUGGGGCGAUCAUUCUGACGAGCCAUCACCGGGCCUCACUGGGGCGAUGCAUUUCGGAGCAUUGAUCUAUGACUAA